AUGAAGAAAGGACAAAAUAAAUGCGUUAUGGAAGUUCAAAUUAAUUAUCUAAAGAAUGUUCCUAGUGAUGAUGGAGAUUUUUUAUUGAAAUGGUCAUUUUCAAAUAUGAAAGGUGUGAUUGAGAAUUUAAAAUGUUCAAAUAGAACAAUCACUGGAACUGAGAAUGAUAUAAUAGAAGUUCUCUGUAAUGAAGUGAAACUCUAUGGAACAAAAAUUACAAAACAAAAUUUAAAAUUUAUGUUAAUACAAAACAUAACUAGUCAAAAAAAAAAGAAAGAAAUAAAUUUUGGAACUGGAUUUAUUGAUUUAUCUCCAUUUACAACUAUUAGAAUUAAACGUGAAAUAAGUAUUAAAAUCAAAGCUGAGAAAAGUGAUUUUUCAUUUGAAUGUCAUUUAACAAUAUGGAAUAAAGACACACUUACUGACAUAACGUAUGCUAAUAAUUCAGAUGAAAAGAAAGUUAAGAUGGUAGGAUUUAAACAAAUUGAAUCAGAAGAGGAAGAAGAAAAUAUAAUACCAAAAAAGAUUGAUAAUAGUCUUGAAAUUCCUAGAACCCUUGAAGAUAUGGUAAAUGAUAUUGAUGAAGAAACAGAUGAACAGCUGAUGGUUGUUACAUAUCCACCAUCAACUGGACCAAUUGAUCUUCAAGAAAUUUUUGAUUCUUUAAAAAAUAUGAAAGGUGACUUUGAUAGCAUUGAUAAUUUUAUUGAAUUAUUAAAGAAAUGGUGGAGUGAUAAUGAUGCUCAUAUUGAACUCAAUAUAAUUCCAAUAAGUAUGGAAGAUUGGAUUGACUGUGUUUGGUUAAUCAAAACUCUGGAAACAUUCAAAGUAAUUAAAUUUGGAUUUGAAGAAGAAAAUAAUAUAGAAAGUCAAUGUAAAUUACAAAUUGAAAAGGCACUGAAAGAUACAAAAAAACGACUAACAAAAUUAGUUCAAGAACGUGUUGAAGGAAUGUUAAAAAAUUUAAUUUUAUCUACAGCAUUUGACUCUACAAAAUCUAAUUUUGAAGAAGGAAUUGCUACAGCUUAUGUCCGUUUUAUAUCAUCUGUGUAUGAGUCAGUCUGUAAAAUUAGUUCAACAUAUGCUAAUUCUUUUAUUAGACAAUUGUUCCAUUUCUCUAUUUAUUCUAUUUUUGAAGGGAUUGUAGAUUCACAUAAUGUUGAUGGUUCAAAAGGAUUUCAAUUAAAUUAUUUUGGGGUUUGUAUUCAGAAUGAAAUGGACCAAGUUACUGUAUUAAGAAAAUAUAGAGAAGAAUUUAUCCCUAUUAUUGAGGUAUCUCGUUUACUAACAAUGCCAUUAGAUGUUGAUCUUAUGAAAUUAAAAGAAGAAGUAUUUCCAACUGUCAAAUACAAUUUAUUAUUAAAAAUAUUACAAGAAUUUAAGCCAGGAAAUUCUAAUCCAAAUCCAAUUCCCAAAUCUGUUUUUAAAUUUCUGUCUAAACAUUUAGAGCAAGAACCUAUUCCUUCAAAGUAUGAUUUAAUUGAAAAUUAA